AUGGCUGCAGAGACAUGUCAGAGACUAGCAAGGUGCACAGUGGCUGGGAUCAUGUCCACAGAGCUCCCAUGCUUCUCUGUGUGUUCAGCCACCACUGCCACCACCAGUUCCCAGUUUCCACCUGUCAGCACUCGCAGUCUGGAGACACUGAGCUCACCUCAGCUACAGAUGGCCCACGGUCAACUAACCUUCGCAUCCAAGAAAAGUGAGGGUGUUACCUACAGACCCAAGUCUGCUUCAGAGGGCUUCCGCAGGCACAGCACAGACGGGACUGGCAUUGCCCCGGAGCCGGGCGAGGAGCGGCGCUUUCACCCCUACUGCCGCCAGUAUAGCGAGGGCAGCCCACCCCUCUGCUCGUCCCCUUUCGCCUGUGUCAAGGAGGAGACGCCACAGACGAGCAACCAGCUGUCGACUGUAACAGCAGCAGCCGAUCGAGAGGGGGAGCGAGGCCCAUGGCUGCCCUACAGUUUGACUCCUCAGACUUCCUUGUUUAUGGGCAUGGCUGAGAAUCCUCAAAGUUACUGUUCUCAGACUGAAGGCACUUAUGGCUCCCUCCAACAGUUCCAGUUUCCAGAUGAAUUCACAAGCGGAGAGCAGAUUAAUUAUUCCUAUGACCCCUAUAACAGAAUUUCCUCUAAUACCAAUCAACCCGAAACAGCAGAAAUGCUUUACCCUAAACCCAUCUAUUCAUAUAGCAUCCUCAUCUUUAUGGCACUGAGGAGCAGCCAGACUGGGAGCUUGCCUGUCAGUGAAAUCUACAGCUUCAUGACCGAACACUUCCCGUAUUUCAAGACAGCUCCUGAUGGCUGGAAGAACUCUGUCCGCCACAAUCUAUCCCUAAACAAGUGUUUUGAGAAAGUGGACAACAAGAGCGGUCAUGCUUCCCGGAAAGGCUGCUUGUGGGCCCUGAACCCCGCUAAGGUGGGAAAGAUGCAGGAGGAGCUGCAGAAAUGGCGCCGCAAAGACCCCCUCACUAUCCGCAAGAGCAUGGCUCGACCAGAUGAGUUAGAUCACCUUCUUGAGGACAGAGCUGACAAGAUAAAAUCGUCAUCCGUCCGCUUAAACCACCGACAGACAUACCCAGCAUUGAGAAAACAAGGAUAUGACACAGUCUCACCUCAUGUCCCAACCCAGCCAAGGGAGCAUGACCCUCACUCUCACAGACAGCCCUUGUACAGCUACUCUUCACCUGCUGCCAGCCAGCGGCCUCCAUACCUGCCCCACAAUCCCACUGUGUUCCCCUUCCAGUGCAUAGUCACCCAGCAGCCUGGCACCAUCCUUCCCUCCAACAUUGGCGCUCUGGAGUCUCCCCUGCCCGCACAGACCCCACCCAGCUACAGCGCCGCCCUGCAGGCCAAUAACGGCGUCUCGCAGAGCAUGCAGGAGCUGCUGCUGGAGGGGGACCAAAGCACAGACAUCGAUAUGCUCAACCCAAGUCUCACAGACCUACAGCUGCACGGUUAUUUGUGGGAGGAGCUGAAGGACGAUAGCCUGGCUCCAGACACUGUUACCACCACACCCGUCACCCUGUCCUCCUUCCAGGCUAGCCCUGGCUGGCAGAGAGUGGUGACCCUGCAAGGCCUUGGCUCGACCAGGGCAGAUGCAAGUGGCCCUGGUGCUGGGGAAGGGGACCCGAAAGGAAUGUUAGAGCUGAGCAUCACAGCACAAAAUUCCACCACAUUCCCUAACAUGGAUAGCAUGUCCACAUACUAGCUCUCUGCUCCACAUUUCAAUCACAUUCUUACAUUUGUUUUGUAUAUAAGAAUUUUCUAAUAGCAAAAUAAAGUUAAUAAGAAUGUU